AUGCCGGAACCGAAAGCAAGUCUGAAUUCGGAGCUGAGUCUGUAUGUGAAGCUUUUCGGAUGGGAAACCUUUGACACCGAUGGUACGGUCUUGAUGCGUAAAGUUUGUGAGAAGACCGUGAACGCCCAGAGGAAAUACUUCAUUCAGCAGCAUAUCAGGAGCUCGAAUCACAUACGGCGCAAGGAUCGUGUAGGUGAACCGGAUGCUGAACAAGUCGUUCUCUCCAACAAUUUCGUGGCGGAGCAGUCCGACAGGAAGAAAUCUUUCAUUAGAGACCUCUGCAAAGUGCUGCUUGAAGUCAACACACCUCUCUCUAAAAUUCAGAAUCCGUCCUUUCGAUCAUUUAUGGAGAAGUACACGAAUCAGUCGCUGCCGCACCGUUCGACUCUCCGAAAAAUCUACCUGAAAGACGUUUACGACGGAGUGAUCUCAAGAAUACGCGAAGCCAUCGGCAGUGAUAUUCAUCGAUGA